AUUACCGGAAGUAACAAAUAAGACGUCUGUAAAUCAUUUGCAACAAAGUGUGUUUCACAAUAUUUGAAAUGAGACCAGCUUGAUCAGUUGAUCUCUUUGAAAAAUAACACACACAACUAAUAACUAGCAUCAUGUAAUGUCAGGGUAUACCACUUAUCAACAGGGGAGAUACACCUGACACGAUUUGUUGCUGAAAGACUCACGAUCUUAUUGACAUCAUGGACGAACUACAGAAACUUGAAUAUCUGUCUUUGGUAUCCAAAGUAUGUACUGAGCUGGAAAACCAUCUUGGGAUAAAUGAUAAGGAUUUGGCUGAAUAUGUGAUUGAUCUAGCGGAGAAAAAUGACACAUUUGAAAAAUUCAAGAAAGCCUUGGAUGAACGAGAUGCACAGUUCUCAGACUCUCUCAUUGCUAAUCUUCUACGUCUCAUCAAGAAGAUGAAGCCGAAGGUGAAGGAGAUAGUGGAUGAGAAGGAGGACAUCUCCGAUGAGACAGACAUGAGGAAAGCUCUAUAUCCUGGCCUGGCUAUGCCCAAUAAUCCAGAUGUCAGGAAAAUGCUGGAUGGCGAGGAGAGCAUGAAGAAGAUAGAAGUGAAGACUGAGGUGGAUACGGAGGGAAGUGCCAAGGGCUGGGGCAGAGGGGGAGAUCAGAAGGUGGCGUCACAGAUGAUGGACGAGCUGGAGGCGCUACUCGGGGGCAAGCUGCCGGUCAAGGAGGAGACAAGGACAGAGAAGUCAGAAAAGAAAAGGAGAAAGAGCCGAAGUCGGAGCCGCAGUAGAGAGAAAAAGAAAAAAAAACGUGACCCGAGAUCGAUCUCGAGAGAGACGAAGUCCAGGAGUAGGUCACGUGAUCGCCAUCGUUCUCGUAGUCGAAGCCGAGAGAGACGUCGCCGCUCCAGGAGUCGAGACAGAGAUAGAGAUAGACACAGAGACAGAGAUCGAGAUACAAAGAAGCGAGACCGGGAUCGAGAUAAAACUAGAGAUAAAGACAAAUACAAUGACAUCCCAAUGGAGCCAGUAGUAGGACAGGUGUACCAUGGCAAGGUGACGACCAUCAUGCAGUUUGGAUGUUUUGUUCAGUUGGAAGGUCUGAGAAAGAGAUGGGAAGGACUUGUACACAUAUCACAGCUCCGGCGAGAGGGGAGAGUGACCAACGUCAGCGAUGUGGUCAGUCGUGGCCAGAAGGUGAUGGUCAAGGUGCUGUCCUUUACUGGCAACAAGACCAGCCUGUCCAUGAAGGAUGUGGACCAGGAUACAGGAGAGGACCUCAACCCAACCAGGAGCCGCAACAUCGAUGUUGGAGGAGAUGACAUCGAGGCUCGCAACCCUGACAGGCCGUCCACAAUACCUCUGGUGGAUGCUCCCGAGAACGACGACCUCACCACAGACAGAAAGACAUUCAAGCGUAUCUCGUCCCCAGAACGGUGGGAGAUCAAACAAAUGAUAGCUGCUAGCUGUAUUGACAAGUCACAGCUUCCGGACUUUGAUGAUGAAGUCGGACUGCUGCCGAAGGAGGAUGACUCAGAUGAGGAUGUAGAAGUGGAGCUGGUGGAGGAGGAACCACCCUUUCUGCAAGGUCAUGGUCGCCACUGGGUCGACCUCAGUCCAGUCAAGAUUGUCAAGAAUCCUGAUGGUUCACUGGCGCAGUCGGCCAUGAUGCAGAGUGCGCUGCAGAAGGAGCGGAGGGAGUUGAAGCAGGCGCAGCGAGAAGCAGAGAUGGACUCUGUCCCAGCAGGACUCAACAACCACUGGAUCGAUCCUAUGCCUGAAAGUGAUGGACGUAAGUUGGCUGCGAACAUGCGUGGUGUCGGGAUGGCGCCGAAUGAUGUCCCUGAGUGGAAGAAGCACAUCACAGGGGGCGCGAAGGCAUCGUACGGCAAGAAGGAGAAGAAGUCCCUCCUGGAACAGCGCCAGGGUCUGCCCAUCUUCAAACUGAAGGACCAACUCUCCAAGGCAGUCAAUGACAACCAGAUACUGAUCGUAAUUGGUGAGACUGGGUCAGGGAAGACAACUCAGAUCACCCAGUACCUGGCGGAAGUGGGUUACACCACGCGGGGGAAGAUUGGCUGUACACAGCCCAGGAGAGUGGCAGCCAUGUCCGUGGCCAAGAGAGUGUCGGAGGAGUUCGGUUGCCGUCUCGGGCAGGAGGUCGGCUACACCAUACGUUUCGAGGACUGCACUAGCCCCGAGACGAAGAUCAAGUACAUGACAGACGGUAUGCUGCUGCGAGAGUGUCUCAUUGACCCUGACCUUGUUCAGUACUCCAUCAUCAUGUUGGACGAAGCCCACGAGAGAACUAUCCAUACAGAUGUCCUGUUUGGACUUCUGAAAGCAGCGGUGAAGAAAAGGCCGGAGUUGAAGUUGAUAGUAACAUCAGCCACCCUUGAUUCUGUCAAGUUCUCGCAGUACUUCUUUGAAGCUCCAAUCUUCACGAUCCCUGGUCGGACAUACCCUGUGGAGAUCCUAUACACCAAGGAGGCCGAGACAGACUACCUGGACGCAUCCAUGAUCACUGUCAUGCAGAUACACCUGACGGAACCUCCAGGCGACAUCCUGCUGUUUCUCACUGGUCAGGAAGAGAUCGACUCCGCCUGUGAGAUCCUGUAUGAGAGGAUGAAGGCUAUGGGGCCCGAGGUGCCCGACCUCAUCAUCCUCCCCGUGUACAGUGCCCUGCCCAGCGAGAUGCAGACCAGGAUCUUCGAACCAGCGCCACCUGGAUCCAGAAAAGUUGUCAUAGCAACCAACAUUGCUGAGACGUCGCUGACAAUUGAUGGCAUCUAUUAUGUGGUGGAUCCUGGCUUUGUGAAACAGAAGGUGUACAACUCUAAGACUGGCAUGGAUCAGCUGAUUGUCACGCCCAUCUCUCAGGCCCAGGCCAAGCAGCGAGCAGGCCGAGCUGGGCGGACAGGUCCAGGGAAGUGUUACCGUCUGUACACGGAGCGUGCCUACCGAGACGAGAUGCUGCCCACCAACGUCCCCGAGAUCCAGCGCACCAACCUGGCCUCCACUGUGCUGUCCUUGAAGGCCAUGGGUAUCAAUGACCUCCUAUCCUUCGACUUCAUGGACGCCCGGCCCAUGCAGACCUUGAUAUCAGCCAUGGAGCAACUGCAUGCCCUCAGUGCGCUGGACGAUGAAGGCUUGUUGACCAGGCUUGGAAGGAGGAUGGCUGAGUUCCCCCUGGAGCCCAUGCUGUCCAAGAUGUUGAUCAUGUCGGUCCACCUCACCUGCAGUGACGAGAUCCUCACCAUCGUCUCCAUGCUGUCUGUGCAGAACGUCUUCUACAGACCUAAGGACAAGCAGGCCAUAGCUGACCAGAAGAAGGCCAAGUUCCACCAGCCAGAGGGGGACCAUUUGACACUGUUGGCCGUGUAUAAUUCCUGGAAGAACAACAGGUUCGCCAGCCCGUGGUGCUACGAGAACUUUGUACAGAUCCGGACACUGAAACGAGCGCAGGACGUCCGCAAACAGAUGUUGGGAAUCAUGGACAGACAUAAGCUGGACGUGGUGUCGUGUGGGAAGAACACUGCUCGGGUACAGAAGGCCAUCUGUUCCGGUUUCUUCCGUAACGCAGCCAAGAAGGACCCUCAGGAAGGCUACAGGACAAUUGUGGACAGCCAGGUGGUGUACAUCCAUCCCUCCAGUGCCCUCUUCAACAGACAGCCAGACUGGGUAGUAUAUCAUGAGCUGGUCCUCACCACCAAGGAGUACAUGAGGGAAGUGACAGCCAUCGACCCCAAGUGGCUGGUGGAGUUUGCUUCCAAGUUCUUCAAGUUCUCCGACCCUACCAAGCUGAGUCGGCAGAAGAAGCAGCAGAAGAUCGAGCCCCUGUACAACAAGUACGAGGAACCCAACCAGUGGAGGAUCUCACGGGCAUUCAGGAAGUUCCACACCAAGGUCACCUUCUAGGGGCCAGCUGUAUGGGAUGCUUAUUUCUAUGUCAAGGCCCUCAGACCUCUGUCUUUGUUUGGAUGGCUUUUAACUGGAGGUCAUAAGGUGGAGAUCAGUCACCUAUUUGCUGUACGAUAUGGAUGUGUUUGUGGAGAAUGCUUCAAACUGAUCCCUGAUAAGGACCCAACUUAUUGCUGAAGUGCUGAAGACACAUUAUGAUGAGGAACACUGGUGACAAACAUUCAUGUAUUUAGCUUUCUAAAAUGUCCACAACAAACCUGGCCAGGGAUAUAUUAUAAUGUUGACACUGUGUAAACAAAUGCUUCACACCAUAUGCCAGAAAAACAACCAGGUUUUUUCCUUUAAUUUUAAUUUCUGUCACAUGGCUGUCUGGGCAUUCUGUCAGUAAUUGGUCAAGUCAGUCUGUGUUUAAAGAAGCAUCAGCUACAGUAGGUAUUCCUGGUCCACAGACUGUGGUAGAUGCACACAGUCUGCUAGAACAUAUUUUAGACAUGACAACUUGAUUCAAGGCCACUUAAAGUUAGUGUGAUCUGUAUUGUGUGGGAUUUGAAAAUCAUUUAGUGUAUUAUGGAAACAAACAAUUUGAAGUUGCUAUUGUUUAAACAAAUCAUGCUUCGGUGUAAAACUGAUAUUGUGAAGCAGGUGUUUUACCCAGCUGUACAUAGUAUUUUAUGUAGAGAUGUUUGACCUAUCCAUCUUACAGAUGUCAUCUUCAUUAGAAGUGAGAGAUUCACCACAUGGGACUUGGGUUAGAUAUUAUCCCAACCUUUCCACAGUAAAUGUCAGCAAUGACUAAAUAUAAUCAAGCUGGGUGACUUAGUUGUUCACGUGUCAGCUUUCACUGACGGGGUGUAUCAAUUCUCAUAACAUCAGUCAGAGAGAAGGUGACCAUAAGUGGUGCACUUGUGCCCUUUGUCUUUUGGACAGUAAAAUGUGUUUAAAACAAAAACAACAUUGGUCACUGGGUUGCUUGGAUCAGAUUUAAUUGUUUACAGACCAUCUCCACAUAGCUGGAAUAUUGCUGAAUGUGGAGUUGGACACCUCAGUCGGCAUUGGGGGCAAGAGCUGCGUUCCUUGUGAGGUGCAGGUGACAGUGCUCUGACCAUCAAACCCAUCUCACUCUUCUGGUUGUUUUUAUCUGUAUACAUCAGAUCAUGGACACAUGUCAGAUUAAUACUUGUCAUAAUUUGUUGAAUAAAAAUAUGUAAAUAGUA